CCCAAAGAUAUAUGUUGUUAUGGAACUAAAUACGAAUUUUUAUCAUUGAUGUGUUGUACAGUAACGAUGUAUGUACACAAUAUUUAUUUAAUGAAAUCCACAUCAUUUGUGACACACUAUAACAACGCAUCAUCUCUGUAGCAAAUACCCUAAAUAACACUGACAACAGCCUGUUGGCAUCCCCAUCAUACAGUUCGGCUGAACCGUAAACAAUAGGUAACAGACGUCUGCUGUUGGUGAAGUUGUGACAGGAGCUACAUUACAAAUGGAAUUGUUCAGUAAGCACUCGUGAUUUACUUUGCGAAGCAAUUCGUGUUGGAUAUGGAAUCCACAGGAGAGAAAGAGGCAGUCCCACUGUGCAGCAGAAUAGACAUCAAAGAAGAGCCAAUACCAGCUGACCCAUAUGAGCAACCAGAAAGUGAAGACUUCUAUAUUGAAGAAGGAAAUAAAGUGGAAAUUUCUGAAGAUGAUGAUGUGUAUGAGCCAAUAAAGGUGAAGAAAGAGGCAUGUCUGUCAGAGGAAGAAACCACAUCUCCACUUGAUGCAGCUCACAUAAAAAAGGAACCUGAGUUAAAAAUUGAAGUGGAGCCAACCAGUUGUGGCAGUGACCAAGAGAGUAAUAAACCUGCUGGCGUGGGACCGGACGGCACUGGCAGCGGCGGUUCCCUAGGACGCACCACCAAGCAGGAAGCCUUCUGUGAGCAUGAAAGCGAUGCUCAACAUCUCGCCCGCAGCUGCAACAUCUGCAGAAAGACACCUCUGCACCUGCAGGACCCGAAGGAGCAUAAACAGGUGACCAAUGGCCUAAAUUCGUUCGCGUGCAGUGUGUGUCACAAAAGGUUCAAAGGAAGAGAACACCUGAAGAAGCACUCCCUCCUCCACAGCGAGCGCCCAUAUAAAUGUGAUGUGUGCGGCAAGGCGUUCAGACACUGCGGCACGCUGAAGAUGCACUCACGGCGACACACGAUGGAACGUCCUUACGUCUGUGAAGUGUGCCACAAGGCGUUCAAGGUUUUCGGCAGCUUCGAGAGUCACUCACGUCUGCACGCAACCGAAUGUGUGUACUUCUGUAAAGUGUGUCACAAAACGUUCAAGUGUCUCGGCAACACGAAAAGGCACUCGUGCGUGCCUAAGAUCGAACGUCCUUACGUGUGUUCCGUGUGUCACAAAAAGUUCAAAACUGUUCGUGAGUUGAGGAGACAUUCACGAGUGCACAAACGCGAACGCCCGUGUAUUAGAAACGUGUGUCGUAAGAAAUUCACAGGCAGCAACGCCCUUAAGAAGCAGCCCACUGUGCGCGUGAAUAAAGGCCCCCAGUCCUGUGACGUAUGUCAGAGGAUAUUCCCGUGCAGGAGCAAACUGAGGGAACAUUCCAGAGUGCACACCGGCGAACGUCCGUUCAGUUGCGGCGUCUGCCCCAAGGCAUUCAAGCGAAGGUCUUGCCUGAAACGACACAUGGGAGUGCACAGACUCUAACGGCCUUAUGACUGUGUUGGGUGGUGUAAGACGUUAAAGACUAGAUGUGGCUUUAAGGCGCGUGGAAUCUCAUGUCCUUAGACUACUCUUAUGACUGCUUGUGCUGGAAGGGCUAAGUGUUUCUGCAACCUGUCAGUUGGAAUCCUCCGGUGCUGCACCUGUGCUAGGGUGACACGUCAGCUGUGUCAUCGCUGUGACCAUGGUUGUAACAUAGCUAUAUGAAUGCGUGGUGUUUAUUGCCCAUCGAGGCGAAUCAAUUAUAUGACGUUGUAGUUUCUGUUAUUUCGGACAUGUCGGAAAGAACAGACACCACGCAAUCAUAAUAAUACAGGAUGUAUCAAACAGAAUCAUCCGAUAUGGAACACCUAUACAGGGUGUUUCAAAAAGAACAUAUGUAUUUCGAAUGCAUUCAUUCAUUCAUUCAUAUCGUUUUUGCUCUUAUGGACAGUGUUUGACCUAAUAUACCUCAUGAUGACACAAUUUUCACUUCUUUCCUUUCUUCCUUCUCUCUUCCCAAAAUCUCAUCAUCCUCUGACUAUGCUCUUGUUACCUUUGUUCCGUCCAUAAUGCUCCCGUCUUCCUCUUCUCAUUUACCAUAAAUUUUGCGUUCGUAAUUUUGUUCCUGAAUUCCUUUCUGUCUUUUAUCAUUUUUUGUUGAUCCCCAGCUGCCUUAUGUCUUCCUCUAUUUCAUGAUACCAAUUUGUUUUAAGGCUUGAAUGUUUUACUAUAUCAAAGAUUCUCUUUGUAAGUUUGGUGUUGUCCAUUCACUGUAUGUGUCCGUAGAAAUUUAGUCUGCGUUUUCUGAUCAUGUCUGUGAGUCUGUCAGUGUGUUGGUAUAAAUUAUUGGUCGGUCUUUUCAUCCAUAUGCCAUCUUUGUGUAUUGGUCCGAAUAUUUUCUGAGAAUUUUGCCUUCUAUUCCUUCUGUCUCUAUAAUGCCUGAUGCUCCAAUUGCGGUUGUUUCUGACGUAUAUAGUGCUUCCGGUAAUAUAACUGUUUUUAGUGUCUAAUUUUGGCCUGUCUUGAUAUGCUUUUCUUAUUAUAAUGUGACCAUGUGAGUUUGUAUGCUUUUUGGAGUCUUUCUGUUCGUUCCAUGUUGGAUGCCUUGUUUGUUACUCCUAUUCCACUGAAUAUUCAAAUCUUUCGGCUUUUUUUACGGAUCCAUACAUCGUUUGCAUGAUGUGUACAACGUUGGUUUGUCGUUCCAUGAUACGAUAUCCGAAGACUUGUUUUGGCAGCUAUUUCACGUAGGUGUUCGAGUGCUUCCUUUGCCUCCUGUAUUAUUACCUACUAAGUAUGGCUAUGUCAUCUGCAAAUGCCAGACGUUCUAUGAUUGUUCUUGUUUCACGUGUUCUUCCUAGCUGUAUUCCUUUAACUUGUUCUUCCCAUUGUUUGACAAUUUUGUCUAAGACUAUUUUAAACAGGACUGGCGAAGGCCCAUCUCCUUGUCGGACACCUGUGUGUAUCUGGGAGGGUUCCGAAAUUUCUCCCAUGAACUUAAUCUUCGAGGUGGUGUCUUGUGAGCGUCUGUUGUAUAAUUGCCCUGCUUUUUCUUUCCAUGCCAUAUUAUUCCAGUAUGUCAAAGAGCGUUUGUCGAUCUAUGGAGUCGCAUACUUAUUUAAAGUCAACAAAGGUAACUACAGUGGUUCUUGUCUGUCUGACUUUCAAAUGUGUCCUCAAGUUUCAGAUCUGUUCUAUGCCUGAAUGCAUAUGUUUAUUAAGCUUUAAGACAUACGAAUAUGAAACUUCAUACACAUAUUUACGUUCAGAUCACAGAUGUUUAAUAUGUCCUCCAUCAGCUACACAAACAGUAUCACAUCGAUACUCAAAUUCCUCCCAUACUCGGGCAAACAUAUCCUUCGUCUCUGAUGUUAUGGCAGUACGGAUCCGGUUCUUCAACUCUGCCAGGUUAUGUGGCAGUGGUGGUACACAAACGUCUUUAACGAAACCCCACAGGAAGAUGUCGGAAGGGGUCAAAUCCGGUGACCGUGGAGCCCAGCUGAGGCAUGCUAAGUCGGCAGCUCGUUGACGACCAAUCCAACGGUCCGGUAGGGUAUCAGUCAGAUAUUCACACACUUGGCGAUUCCAGUGAGGGGUUGCCCCGUUUUGUUGAAAAAUGAAGUUCUCUUCGUGCAGCCUCGGAAACAACCAGUUUUGUAGCAUAGCGAGAUACUGCUGACCGUUAACCGUGUUUCCAUCAAAGAAGAAUGAACCGUAAACAGGUGAUCUGGAUAUCGCACAAAACAUAUUGACUUUGGGAGUAUCUCGUGCAUGUUCAAUGGCUGCAUGUCGGUUCUAUAGGCCCCAAGUUCGAACAUUGUGUUUAUUUACCUAACCACUAACAUGGAAAGUCGCUUCAUCACUGAACACGAUGCGUUGUGCGAAAGUGUUAUCAUCGUCAACAGCACCAAGAAUCUCGUUACAAAAUGCCACAUGUUUGCGUUGGUCAUCAGGACACAGAACUUGUAACAGCUGUAACUUGUACGGCUUCAUAACCAACCGACGUCUCAAAACACGCCAAACUGAUGUUGUGGGCAGCUGUAACUCCCGACUGGCACGACGAGUUCAUUUUGA